AUGACCCUUAGAAUUCCAGAUUGGAGACGGUUUGGUAGAUGGGGAAAGCUUGCCCCGAGAUAUAUCAGCUUGUUUAGGAUUGUCGAUCGUAUUGGAGACCUCUUGUACCGACUAGACCUUCCAACAUCGCUGUCGAGUGUGCAUGACGCCUUCCAUAUCUCGAUGCUCAAGAAGCACUUACGAGACGAGGAACAGCAAAGAGUGUUUGAUGUGUCAGAUUUAGAGCUUCAGGCGGAUUUGACUACAGUUGAGACUCCAGUACACAUUCUUGCCAGGGAAGACAAGAAACUUCGGAAUAAAGUAAUUCCAUUGGUUAAGGUGCAGUGGAACAUGAAGGGAAUUGAGGAAGCUUCCUGGGAGCGUGAAGAGGAUAUGCGUCGCGACUACCCACAUCUGUUCGAGCAGGUAGCGGGUCAGGGAUUUGGAGAGCCGUAA